UGGACCUGGCUGCCAAGCGCCUUCAAUACUCAAAAUGGACUUGAGGGCUCCUGCAAUACUCAAAAACUCAAUUCUGAUUCAAUGUCCAUACUACAGUACCUGAAAAAAUAGAGCCAGCAUUAUCCGAGGUGGGGAAGCAGGAAUUCAGCUAAGGGGAAGCUUUUAAAAAUCCCAGAAAAAAAAAAAAAAAAACAAACCACAAAAUAAAGCAAAACAAAAUCCCAAGUUAUUUAAAAAGUUUAAAAAAUGCUUAUGCCCGCAAACAUGGACAUAACAAUGUCCAUUGUUAUGUCAAUGUUAUGUUACUGCGAUGGACAAUAACACACACAGUUAUUGCGAUGGACAUCACAAACAAUGCUUUGUGAGUGGGACCAGCGGGUCGGGGUGACAUUGCACACGCCAGCAAGCAAACAACGCCUCUUUGGAGAUGGGUUGCUCAAGUUUCCCCUCCUGCUGCGCCACUUAUGGCAGGAGUCCCUCUAUAAAACCCAGGCCCUCCAAGGUCCCCCGCUGUGGCCACCUCAGACCCACUUUGCUCCCAGCGUGCUGAGAUCUCCACUGGCCUCCAGGCAUGAGGGUGCUUUGCGUGGUCUUUGCUGUGCUCCUGCUUUUCUCCUUGGCCACCCCAGGGUACGGGCAGUAUAAGGGCUCUUGUGACGGAUACUGUUCCCACAUGUGUGGCAAAAGGGACGAGUGGACUUUCAGCCAGUCCUGUGGGAAGAGGUACUGCUGCAUCCCCCCACCCAAAAAGGGAAAAUGAUUGUGAAAGAGUCCAGCUGUGGAGGAAGAGCAGCACUCGUGGGAGGGUUCCCAGCGCUGUAUCCAUGGUGUGACAGAGACGGUGUUCACUGCUUUCAAGUAAA